GAGAGAGAGAGGGAGUGGUUGGGUUUAGGGUUUCCAUCCUCCCCCAUUCCCCCAUCCCCACGCCGCCGCCGCCGCCGCCGUCCGCCAUGAUCGGCGACGACGACCACCCCACCACCCCGCCGCCCUCUCCGCCGCCACCGCCACCGCCGCCGAUCGCGCCCGCUCCGUCCCCGAGCCUCGGCCUUGGGAGGCGGCUGCUCGGCUCCAUCCGGGCCCUCUCCUCCGCCAUCGCCCUGCCCUCCACUCCCGCCGCCGCAUCCUCCUCCUCCUCCUCCUCGCCCAGCCUCGGGCUCAGCCUCCUGCUCCACCUCAAGCCCGACCUCCACCUCCACCACCAGGAACCCCCUCCACCCUCGACCCCCGCCUCCCUCCUCCGCCACCACCAGGACCACGACCAGGAGCAGGACCAGGCCGCUCCAGCCCACGCUCCCAGGGCCAAGAGGGCUCUCCACCUCCUUCCUCAAACCCCCACGCCAUCGCCAUCGCUCGCUCCUUCCGCUGCCGCUGCCGCUGCCGUGCAACACCACCAGGAGGAGGAGGAGGAGGAGCCCUGCGGCCUGUUGGAUGAAGCCGACCUCCACCUUCACCAGGAGGAGGGCGCGGGCGACGACGAGCCAGGGCUCACCACCAAGGGCCUCAACGUCCUGGAGCAACACAAGGGGCUGGAUCUGCCCCUCCCCAAACAAGCUCCUACAUUGCUGUCCAUCCAGGACGAUGCUGCUGCUGCUGGGGACCAACAUCCGGACCAGCUGCACUGCACGAGUCUUGCUGAUCAACAUCAGUUCAAGCUAGUAGAUGCACCCACCUGCUGCCCAACCCCAAGGGCUCAUGAUGCCCAGGAACAAGAUGACUUGCCCGCUCAUGCUCAUGCUCAUGCUCAUGGGCUGGGAUUUAGUACCCAGGACCAGGAUGGUGUUGAUGCUGUCGCUGUGGAAGGUCAGGAGGUGCUGGAGCAAGGUGGUGUCGUUGCAGCUGGAAUCAUCGGUCAAGGCACACAAGAUGCCACUGCUGUUGCUGUCGCUGUUGGUGAUGAUGAUCAGGAGAAGAAGCCACUGGAGCAAUGUACUAGUACCACCUCCUCCUCUUGUGAAGAACUGACAACAACAAACAUGAAAGAUGAUGGUGCUAAGGAUGAUCAAGAGGCAGUGGAGCAAGGUGUCAUUGUUGAACAAGAGGUCGCACCCAUGGAUGAUGCCAUUGCUGUUGAUGAUGAUGAUCAGGAGAAGAAGCCACUGGAGCAAUCUAGUACCACUUAUGGUGACUUGGGAACAACCAUGGAGAAUGCUGCUGCUCUUGUGCAAGUUCAAGAGCAAGUGGUGGAGCAGCUAGAUGCCACCCAGCCAAGGGAUGAAGAUAUUGCUGCUGAGGGACAAGAGACACUGGGAGAUCAUCAGCCGGGAUCAACUGAGAAUGCUGAUGAUGCUGUGCAAGUUCAAGAGGAAGGUGAAACCGCAGAUGCCACUGCUGUAGAUGACCAUGACAAGGCAGUGGAGCAAUGCACCACUUACGAUGACUUGGGAACAACCAUGGAGAAUGAUGUUGCUAAGGAUGAUCAGGAGGUGCUGGAGCAAGGUGUCAUUGACCAAGGGGAUGAUGCAAGUACCAUAGAUGAUGAUAAUGCUGUCAAAGAUCUUGAGGUGCUGCUGCUAGGUGCCGUGGAAGGAACGCGCGCUACCACAGAUGGCAUUGCUGCUGUCGAGGAUCAAGGGAAGAAUGUGGAGCAAUGUGCCGCUUAUUAUGACCUGGGAACAACCAUGAAGAAUGAUGAUGCUUCUGUUGAAGAACAAGAGGUGGUGGAGGAAGGCGUUGUCGAUUUAACCAUGGAUGAUGAUGAUUCUGUCAAAGAUCACAAGCAGCAAGGUAUCAUUGACGGAACCGAUGACAUUGCUGUUGAGAAACAAGAGAAAGUGCUGGAGCAAUGUUCAAGAGCAACUAAGGGUGAGUACACUGUCAAAGAAAAGGAGAUGGUGGUGGAGCAAGGUGUCGUCGACCCAAAGUACAUGGAUCUUGCCACGGAAGAUCAGGUUAAGUUGUCGAUCAUAGACGACCAGGGUACAGUGCCCAUGGAUAAUAUUGUGGUGAAAGACCAGGAUAAGGCAGUGGUGCAAUAUGCCAGUGAUGCAAUAGUAACAAUCAAGGAUGAGAGUCCUGUGGAGGAACAUGAUACAGUGGGGAAUCAAGGUGUCAUCGACAAAAAUGGCAGAACCAAGGAUGAUAUUGAUGUAGAGGGACAUGGCUAUGUGAAUGAACAGGUCAUCGUCGAUAACUGGGGUACAUCCAGUGAUGCUACUGCUUUGGAAGGUCAGAAGAACGAGGCUGAGCCACGCAUGGGUGAUGAACAGAUAGCAGGCAAGGACAUGGAUGGUGUUCAUGCUGAGGGGAACAUGUUGGAGCAAAGGACCAGCGAUAAACAGGGAGCAACACAGUCUGAUUUCACUGUUGAUAAGCACAAGGAUAUAGCGGAGCGUGUCCGCCAUGAGUGGGGUGCACCUGAGGAUGAUCUUGCUAUGGACAGGACAGCUUACCAAGGUACCAGAGAUUGGGGUAUAGUUAACAAGGAGAAGGUUAAGCUGCCUGAGGAUGAUCGUGCUAUGGACACGGCAGCUUAUCAAGGUACCGGAGAUUGGGGUAUAGUUAACAAGGAGAAGGUGCUGCCUGAGGAUGAUCGUGCUAUGGACAUGGCAGCUUAUCAAGGUACCGGAGAUUGGGGUAUAGUUAGCAAGGAGAAGUAUACGUUGCCUGCUAGAAGAUAUCCACAGAAGCCCAGAAAACUUAACUGCCCCUCUUACAUGUCAAAAGGGACCUGCACAUACGGGCCCUCAUGCCACUUCAAUCACCCACCGCAGCUUAAAUCUAGAUCAGAUGAAUCAUGGCGUCCCUCUGAACGAAGAAACCAUGGCGCUGCAGAAAUUCUGGAACUGAACCGCCUUGGCCUUCCCAUUCGUGAAGGAGCAAGAAACUGUGACUACUAUAUGCGAACUGGUGCUUGCAGAUAUGGCAAAAACUGCCAUUUUAACCAUCCAGACCAUGUCAUUGAUGCUCAGUUUAGUCCACCAACAGGGUGGGAGGAUAAUGCUUUGCAAAUGGAGAAAUCUUCUGAUCAUACAUUAGAUGAGACAUCACGCAUGAAGAAAUCUUCCGAUGAUGCGACCUUCGAUGACAGAUCACACAUGAAGAAAUCUUCCGAUGAUGCGACCUUAGAUGACAGAUCACACUUGAAGAAACCUUCCGAUGGUGCGAUCGUAGAUGACACGUCAUACUCAAAGAAGUCUUCUGACCAUGACAACUCAUCUAGCUCUGGUGUCCUGCCACCAAGCAUAUUUAGAAUGCUUCUACCUCCCCAAAAAGUACUGCCUGGUACGGAAGGAAAGGCGAAAAAGAAGUCAGACUGGUCAUCAGACGAUUCCGAUGGUUGCUGUUCAGCAGAUAGUUCAGAUGGACCUUUGUGCAAGCAGGGGGAGCACGUGGAUUACCCUGAGAGGCCUGGCAGACCAGAAUAUCACCACCCAAAACAGUCAAAAUACAAAGAAGAGGUGAACUAUCCCGAGAGGCCUGGCAAACCAGAUUGCCCCUUCUACAUGAGAUUUGGUGAUUGUAAAUUUGCAUCAGCGUGCAACUAUCACCACCCAAAAGACAAAUACCCAGCUGGGAGACCUGAUGAACCAGAAUGCCCAUUCCUUAUGAAGCGUGGGUACUGUAAACUUAGGGCACAAUGUAAGUUUUAUCACCCAGAGGCUUCGAGCCCAACAGAUGCAAAAAGAUCUGUUACCACUGAUGAACAUCAUCCAUCUACAAGAAUCACAUUACAAGACUAUAUGCUUCCCCAGCAACCGCAGUAUCCUGAGAGGCCUGGUCAGCCAGAGUGCCGGUACUACUUGCAGUUUGGGAAAUGCAAAUAUCUGUCUGCAUGUAUAUUUCACCAUCCAAAAGAUAGACUUGCAGCUCACUCUGAUCAGAUUGGACCUGGCAUGCCAGAUUGUCCUUUCUAUAUGAAAGCUGGGAAAUGUCAAUUUGGAUCAGCAUGUGAAUUUCGUCAUCCCAAAGAUAUACAUUCAAGUUCAACUGCAGAGGAAGCAUUUGAUAAGAGAAGUGGGUCGGGGGUGUAUGAUAGUUUGACAAGGUCAGAUAAUGGCGUGGAGCAACAAGAAGAGAGCAUCAUGUAUCCUGAAAGGCCAGGUGAACCCGAGUGUAACCACUACAUGAGGCAGGGGUACUGUAAGUUCCAGAUGAACUGCAAGUACCAUCAUCCAGGAGACCGGCUGUCUAAGAAACAGUAUGUAUUGAAGUCAUCCGCAGCGACCACUUGAGCAAAGCAGGGACACGCUGGUUACCGCACGAAUGCUACCAACAGAAAGCAUUGUCUUGAUGUGUGAGCAGGUGUUGUUAGAGCAGGCUGGCUGGCUCAAGUGUGGGCGUGACUGACGACUGAAGAGAGAGGAGUAGGAUUCUGAUGAAUGGACCAAAGCUUGGAGCUAAUAUAAUCGUCGUAGUUUUUCUGGGAGCGAGUAGUUGCUAGUUAUGUCUGAUGAAUGAACCAAAGUUUGAGAGUUAGGCGGUUGCAACAUACUCUAUUUGUGUGGACCAGGCCAGGCCAGGCAAUCAUGAAUUUGCAAACUGUAAUCUAGCAAAGGUGUAGCAUGAAUGAACACCGAUGAGAUGAGAUUACUAGUACUAGUUAAUUAGCAUGAUGAUGUGGUGAGGAUGCACUCAUUUUAUUUUGACACUUUUUAAGGAAGCUUAGCUUUCUUGAAUCA